UCACACCCAGCAGAAAACCCUAAUCCGCCAAUUCGAAUUCGAAUUCCAGCCACCACGGCACCCAUAAUCCUCUCUUCUCUUCGAAGAACAGCCAUUACCCACCAUCCCCCUUCAGAGCUCAAACUCAUCACCGAACCCUUCUCUCCCUUCUCUCUCUGUCGCCCUCUCUGUCCCAGCUCUCUCUGUCACUGCUCCUUGCCGUGGGUCGUCGCCGCUUCUCUGCUCCUCGCUGUGGGUCGUCGCUGUUUCUCCCCUCCUCCCCGUGCGUCGUUUCUGCUUCUCCCCUCCUCGUCGUUUCUGCUUCUCCCCUCCUUGCCGGCGUCGUUUCUGCUUCUCUGCUCAGCACCGUGUCUCGCCGUCGUUGUUUCUCCGUCGUUGCUUCUCUUCUUCGCGUGGAGUCUUUUGUCUCUGCUUCAACCCUCUCAGGUCUCAGGUACUUUCUCAUGUUUUUAGAUUGGUACUCCGUACUUGGUAGUAAAAGUGAAAACACUCAGUAUAACCAAAACUAGUUCAGCUCCGUUCAGCUCAGCUCCCAUUCAAUUUCUCUCAGAAUCGUAAUUUAUAGGGUUUUGUUUCUGCAGUUAUGACUUCUCCUGCGCAUUUUGACGAUGAUUUUGAUUUCGGAGGUGGAUUCCCUGCAAGGCAUUCAGGUAAUAAGAGGCCUUUGCCGGAUUACAACGAUGAAGAUUAUGAUAAUGAUCCUUUUGCGCCUAAGAAGACCAAAUCAAAAACCGAUGAGGUUGCUUCUGGUGUAACAACAGGAAUGAUCUUGUCACUUCGUGAGAGCCUUCAGAACUGUAAGGAUACACUUGCAACGUGCCAAAAUGAACUUGAGGCUGCUAAAUCAGAGAUUCAAAGUUGGCAUUCUUCAAUUCAAAAUGAGCCUUGUGUACCUGCUGGUGCCACUCCUGAGCCCAAAAUGUUGCUUGAUUAUCUUCAGGCCCUGAAAUCCUCAGAAGAGUCUUUAAGGGAGCAGCUUGAAAAGGCAAAGAAAAAGGAAGCUGCGUUCAUUGUAACAUUUGCAAAACGAGAACAAGAGAUAGCAGAGUUGAAGUCUGCUGUGCGGGAUCUAAAAGCACAACUCAAGCCACCUUCAAUGCAGGCAAGAAGGUUGUUACUAGAUCCAGCUAUUCAUGAAGAGUUCACGCGUUUAAAGAAUUUAGUAGAGGAAAAGGAGAAAAAAGUGAAGGAGUUGCAAGAUAACAUAAAUGCAGUAAGCUUUACUACUCAAAGCAAGAUGGGGAAGAUGCUCAUGGCUAAAUGUAGAACUCUGCAGGAAGAAAAUGAGGAGGUUGGGAAUCAUGCUUCUGAGGGAAAGAUUCAUGAAUUAGCCAUGAAAGUUGCAUUGCAGAAGUCCCAGAAUGCACAAAUCAGAAGCCAGUUUGAAGGGUUGCAGAAACAUAUGCAAGGACUGACAAAUGAUGUGGAAAGAUCCAAUCAAACGGUUGUAAUAUUGCAGGAAAAAUUACAAGAUAAGGAUCAGGAGAUUCAAAAACUGAAACAAAAGCUCCAACAAAAGAAUUUGAUGAUGGAAGAUGGAAGAUCGGAUGCAGCAGAAAAUUUUAUUGAGUGUGAUAAGCCGGAAGUACCUAAGGAAGCUGCCAACUAGUAUAUCUGACGCCAAUUUUGCAGCAAACGUUCAUUUUUUUUUUCCGAUAUUUAGUUUUGCCGAUGAUUGUAAAUUUUAUAUAAAACAUUAUAACAUUUUUCUUUAAUUAUUACUCUUUUUGCGAUUACAA